UUGACUGUUCCAUAUUUUCCCUCCGUGCAGAAAUUUCCUCCUGGUGGAGAAAGGAGAAAAAACAACUCUUUGGAGCAGAGUGGAAGAGAAAGGAACCACGGCGUUGAGCAGCGUUUAACACAGAGAGGAGGCGGAGGAAAACGAAUGAAUUGAAGAAGCGACUGUGUUGGCAACGUUAGAAGAACAGUUUUGGGAACAUAAAAAACAGCGAGCGCACUCCGGAUUAGACUCGCGUUUUAUUGAGUGAUUUAUCCACACAAAGGAAGUGACGCCAUGGCGACAGAGAUGCAGGAAGUUGCCAUCACAGAGGACAAGCCUUUACUCACGGGACAGGCUGACAGCACCAAGGAUGCUGAGCUGGCCGCUAGGAUACUCCUCGACCAAGGACAGGAGCACAAUAUUGAGACUCCUCACGGUGUUCUUCACGUGACGGUUCAUGGAGCUCGGAGCUCUCGGCGCCCGGCCAUCCUCACCUGCCACGACGUUGGAUUGGACAGUAAGAGCUGCUUUUCCACCCUGUUCCAGUUUGAGGAGAUGCAGGAAAUCGUGAAGAGUUUUACCCUGAUCCACAUUGAUGCUCCGGGGCAGGAGGAGGGGGCCACUGUUUUCCCCGCCAGUUACCAGUACCCCUCCAUGGACACUGUUGCAGAGAUGAUCCCUCCGGUUCUGCAGUUCUUCAACUUCCAAACUGUGAUUGGGAUUGGAGUAGGAGCAGGAGCCUACAUCCUCUCCAAGUUCACACUGGCAAACCCGGACUCUGUGGAGGGCCUGGUUCUGAUCAAUAUCGACACCAACGUCAAAGGCUGGAUCGACUGGGCUGCUCAGAAACUGAGCUCGGUGACUCACUCGCUCACGGAGCAGAUCAUGACCCACCUCUUUAGUCAGGAGGAGCUGUCUGCGCACACAGAGCUGGUCCAGUUUCACAGAGACAGAAUGAACAAGGCUCCACAUGUGGGCAACCUCGAGCUCUUCUGGAAGGCCUACAACAGUCGCAACCAGCUCCACCUGGAUCGCAACAACACUUUCAAGUGUCCAGUGAUGUUGGUGGUUGGAGAUCAGGCCCCAUAUGAAGAAGCUGCUGUGGAGUGCAACAGCAAGUUGGACCCGACAACCACCUCUUUCCUUAAGAUGGCUGAUGCCGGCGGUCAGCCCCAUAUCACUCAGCCGGCCAAAUUGACUGAGGCUUUCAAGUAUUUCAUCCAGGGCAUGGGCUACAUGGCCUCCUCCUGUAUGACACGUCUGUCUCGUUCACGCACCACCUCCAUGUCCUCCUCCUACUCCAUGGACGGCUCUCGCUCCCGCUCGCGCACACUGUCCCAGGGCUCGCAGGGAGGCCAGAUGCCCCCCAGCCCCUCCCAAACCAUGGAGGUCUCCUGUUGAAGAAGAUAGACCACCAUUUCAAUGUUUGGUUUUAGCAGAGAGAGAAGGGAAGCGUGACAGUCAAAUGCAGGAUCAAGACCUUUUUGUCACUAAACAGCUACCGUCAUUCCCCAAAAGUGUGUAGGCAGACGGGGAAAGGGAGGAAGUGCACAAUAUCAGACAUAUUUGUAGUCCAUUUGAAACCGGCGGAUUUGUAGUCCAUUUCAAACAGCUUGUGACAAAUACUGGACGGAAAUUGAAUAGCACUGUCCUCCCUUGCUCCUUCUGUUGCAGCCUGUAAGACAAUAGAGCCCUUUAAUCUAGAAAAAGGGGUGUUAUCUAUAUAUACAUAGAGAGAGAAUACCCCUUUAUUUAACAAUAGUCAUAAUUCUGCAGUCUGUCAUAUUAUUAUUGCAAAUUAACUGACAUAACACUUUUCACAUUAUGAGUUUAAAGCAACAGAUUAAAACUAUAGCAGAGAUACUUAUAAUACUAGAAAUGUGUUUGUCUAAUACUUUUAAAGCUAGUUUUACUUAAUAUUAAUGCAUUUCUUUGAUUGAAGUUUGUUUCCAGCCUCAGAAAGGGGUUGAAAGCUACUGAUUGGCCAAUGAGCUGAAGUUAGCAGCCUCUAAGAGCCAUUGUUUAGCGACUACUUCCUCGUUGAUGUUGCCGGGUUGUUUAUGUCUUCCAUUGUCCUGUCUGUUUUAUUGUCCUGACAUGGAAGAGCUGGUCCAAUCUAGAUAAAAUACAGUUUUUUAAAUUCUGAUUGACAAUUUUUGAAGCAGGACCAAUUUUAAUUAUGUCUAUCAAAUCACAUGAGAAAUUAGUAAUAAUCAUCAAACCAUAGACUGUACAAAAAAUGUAUAUGGCUAUAGUCCUCCUGGCUAUUGGCAAUUAAUUAUAAAUGGCCUAAUCAUUUUUAACAAUGAAACUGGCUUUGUUGCAUCAAAUUAGACAAAUUUUAAACUUGCUUAAAAGCUGUAUUUAGUUUAUGCUGAGGACUAAAUAAUUAUCCAAGAUGUUGCACAGAUUAUGGAUAAAUAUUGACUUCUUUAAACUUGGCAAUGGAAAUUCAACGACAAAAGUUUUUUGAUCAAAUACGUUUCCCUAAAACUGAAGCAGCAGGUUGGAUGAGCUGCGAAAAGUAUUCAAAUAAAAAAAAACUUUUGUCCAGUUAACAGAAUUGAAUUUCUCCUUUGCUAUGGGUCCUACCUGGACGACUGAGGGAUUUUACAAACUUCUUUAAAACUUGCAUUCACAAUUUAGAAAACUGGCACUGAUGGGGCAGGACACUUUCUGUUUUGCUUUGGAAUAGUUUGAAAGCUGCAUGCCUGAUAUCAGCCCAUGUGAAUAUUGACUGGAUUUUUUUUUUUUUUUUUUUAUUCAAAUUUUUUGAUGUUAAUGUGAGUGUGUGAGAAAAUAUCCUUUUGUUUUGCUGAUUGCUUGGAGGGCGUGAAAAGCAUAAAGGCAAAGGCGCUUGAGAGCUAGCUUAGCGUUGAACUUGUCUUGAUUCUAGUCGCACACAGAAUAGUGCUUCCACAACUGCUGGCGGUCUUACACUGCAUGCCCCGAUAUCCACAAUGUCCACAAUGUCCACGCUUGUGCACAACUCAAAUUAACACAGGAGCACCUAGCAAAGGCGCUAACUAGCAUGGACAUUUAGCGUUAACAGGGUUAGCCUCGGCCAGAAGGACUCACUGUGUUUAAAUCCCUUCUGGGUUGUUCUUUUCAAAGCCAGUGCACAGAUACCUCCUAACCAGCCCAGCGACAUACUUGAGUUUGUGUGCGAUUACAGCGAGGGGCACUAAUAAACAGGCGUGACGCAACUAGCUAGCAGCUAAAGCUAAUUGUGUUUGUUUAUGUGUAACGUGUGUGAGAUGGCUAAUGCUAAAGCUAAUAAAAGCUGAGUUCGAAGCACAAAUAAUGCAGCAAUGAGGAUGGAAGGCCAGGGUCUUUCAAAAUAUGACACCAAUUUACUAAUAACCUUAGACCCCUUUUUCACUGCCAAAAAAAAUAGACCUAUUGAUAAAAAUUUGUUUAUACCAAUGAAGCAAUUAAACUGCCAAAAUUAAGCCUUUUAUACAAUUUAAAUUUCACUGUGAGCUUUUGACAUGAUUACUAAAUACAGACAUUUCCAAACUGAAAGCUAACCACUGCCCUGUGACUUGCAGAUAUUGAAGUUAAUACAGACCCAGGCCUAUAUCCUAGGAUUGCAUGCGUAUUGUAUCUUAAUGCAGUAUUUUCUUUUUUCCCCAUUAAUUGCUAGUUAGGGUAGCCAGGUAGCCCACUAGCUCUAGGUUUUUGUCAAGUGCUCCUUUCUUAAAAUCAUGUCCACAUUAUCCUUGAUACUGCACGAUCUACUCUUAAGUUCAAAUUUAUUCAGAUGUGAGUCAUAUAAAUUGUGAAUUUUUAGGCUUCUUUUUAGGCUUCUUGCCUGAUGUUACAAGACAUGCGGAUGAAUUGGAUGAACUGAGGUAGUUGGUGUUUUCAGCGAUUGCAUUGGAAACAUCGCUUCUGAUUUGUACCACAAGUGAGCAGUUGGGGGCGCCAAUGAUACAAAUACUGUGUGACAAUUCAAUCCAAGAUUUUCAGACUCAGUAGUUCCAUAUCAAUUAAAAUAUAUAUAUUUUAAAGGUCCACUAUAUAACUUUGCUGUUCUGUAGACGCUGUUGCUUUGCCUUGGAUGUUCUCAAUUAUUAUUCAGUUACAUGUUUUUUAUUGCUUAAAGAAGAAAAACAUGGGUCACUUCUCCACAUGUCUAUCCUGUAUUUUUGGCCUGGUAUCGUUUAACAUCAUAGGAACAUUCAAGGCAUUGCAAUAACAUUUCCACGGAGAAUAGCAGGUUGUGUGUGCCCACAACACAGUGCAUCUUUAGCUAAUAAUCUAUUGUUAAAAAUUGAAGUGUGGCAAAUAGUUAACGACACAGAACAAUUUCAGUAGCAAUUUUUACGGUGCUUUUCAAGUCCAGCCAACCCAAUAAUAUCAUUAAGCAUUACUUAUAUGGUGCUGGUUUUGUCCUAAAACCACUCUGUACCAUCAUGUUGUCCUGAAAAGGUUUUUUAAAUCUGCCAAAUAUGAAUUCUUGACAGGAGUUUAGGAAGUGAAAUUUUCCAUUUUCUUUAGACAAAAUGGUGGUACGUCUUUUUGUGAGGUGAGCGUGGUUGUGCGGUUGCAAGUCCAAUUGUACCUGGAUCAUGUUAUUUCUCCCCUUCAUGUUAGAUUUUACUUUUCUUCUGUAAAAUGUAUGUUUAUUGUCUCCAUGUGUUCACAAAGUUAGCUAAAUGUGUGAUAGUUCUUGUGUAACUUUUUUAGCAUUAGCGCUGAUAAAGGAGAAUAAUAAUAUAACAAUAAAAGAUUAAAUGUAAUGGGAAACAAUCUGAUUUAUUUGUGUGGCUAAUUUUUCUGUGUUAACACAAUGACCAUCCUAAAGAAGCAACUUAAAUAUUAAUAAAAGCUUACAGAAAACA